CGUCAAUUUAUUUUUGUUCAGGUUUUAUAUACAUCUCUAAAUAACGAAAUGUAACAGCUGAUUAGAUCUGUUCGUUUUGAAGUCAUAAAAAUUGUCUGUAAUUUAAAAUUUCAAAAUUAGAGACUUGCGGCUAUAUGAUGGUACUGAGCUCCGAUAUAAAACUUCAUAGCAUUGAAGAUAGCGGUUAUACCACUUUAAUGAGGUAUCUGUGUAUUCUCUUGUACGAAUUUAACUCGAUAGCUUUAUUGUUGCUUGCACAAGUAACUUUUUUGACAAGACAGCAGUGCACAGAGAAAUAGUGUAGCAAAGACCGCUUGUGUUACUAUUUAGAAGUGAAGAGAUGUGUAGCAUAAUUCAGUGGCAACUCUGUUUUGAAUUAAUAAAUGUCAAAAAGUCUCCCAAGAUGAGGAAAAACAAUUCGUGAAUAACUGGGUCCCGAUUGUUAAAUAUGGAGACUAAAAAAUAAUUGUAGUCUAAGUGAAUCAAAAAUUGUUUACCGAUAAGAUUUUUUAAUUGGGUAUUUGCACUUAUACAUAAGUGUAUGAAUUGAUUUGAGCACAUUUUUAAAGAAUAUUUUACAUAAUAUUCUUCAGCCGGAAAGCCAUUUAUCUUGGGACUUUUAACAAUAAUCGGGGGUUUUCCAACAAAUUUAACGAUUUAGAUAAGUAACUUAAAGGAAUUACUUGAAUAGUAAUUUCAAUAUAAUUUGUAUUGUGGAUAUUAACAAUCAAUCAUGGAAUGGACGAGAGAAAGAACACUUACUCUUAUUAAUGAAUACCGUAAAAGACGAGGUCUAUGGGAUAUGACACAUGAUGAUUAUAGGAAAAAGGAUAUUAAACAAAAUCUUCUGAUAGAAGUGAGUAAUAGUCUUGGUGGAAGCAUAUCCGUUAAUGAGAUCGAAAAGAAGUUCCACACUUUGCGCACUCAAUACCAUCGCGAAAUAAAUCGAAUGAACCGUAAAGAGCCCUACAACUCCAAAUGGUUUGGUUUCAAGAACUUGCAGUUUUUAAGUUCUCCAAUGGCUCGACGGCUGUCGAGAGGACGUAUUAAAAAUGAAAUUACAGAAGAUGGUACAGUGACAUCAAAAUAUAUUAUUAGAGAUUCGAAUACUCAUCACGAUAGCAGUGGAAGUUCUGUGAAUUUGAAUAACAAUGUAAAUGAAGAAUUUUUGAUACAUCAAAAGCCUGCUAUUGCGAUAGAGCCCAUAGGCAACUCUAGACAUUACCGUAAUACCAGUCGAUCCCGCGCAUUAGAAAAGUUAAUUGAAGAAACUACCAAAGAUAUUGAUGAAGCUGAUGACAAGCAAAAAAUGACCAUUACAAUGGAGCAACAAAGUUAUAACAGUGAAAUGCAAUCUGAGGAGCAAAUUAGUAGUCAUAGAAUAAAUACAGAAGGGGAUGAAGAACAGCUGGAAGCUAUUCAAUUACAGGGAGAAGAGGAAGAAAUCACAUACACAUCUUCGACAGCAGCUGACGCCUGUGAAGAUAUUUCUCAUAAUCAGCAAACAAUAUCUACACGUAUUAUAAAAGCUCAACAUAAUAAUUCAUGUAAUGAUCAUGAAAUUGAGUAUGAAGAUGAAGUUGAUCCGUCGCAUGAGGACAAACGUGUUUUCUAUGGAAGCACAGGACAACAAAAUUCAGUGCCUAUAGAAUCCACGCCUUCUGCAGUUGCACAUCCAACCAACAUAUUGUUAAAUUCCAAAAUCAAAAUCAACAGUCAACAAAAGCAACAUUUGCCGGGACGAAGUAUGGAUAAAACAUCCAAUGCAAAUUCUGGCCCAAAAGUAUUUCACACAUCCGGUCAUAUACGAGACGAAUAUUCAACUUAUGGCGAAUAUGUAUCGAAUGAAAUGCGCAACAUAACGAAUCGUGAAGUAUUAUUGGGUCUUAAACAUAAAAUAAAUACUGCUCUUUUCGAAGCGCAAAUGGCUGAAUUACGAAACUGAAAAAUGACAAAAUAUCUCGUGUACAUAUAGUGUUAUCCUACACAUUCAUUUAUACCUAGUUGUCGCUUACAGUUGCAGUCUCCUCAACGCUUAAAAUUUUAAUUGGAUAUAUUUAACAUAAAACGUUAAAUACAUAUAUAGUUGUACGUACGAUUUUUUAUUAUAUAAGGUAGCGAAAAGAUUAAAAAAGUUUGGUUAUAAUGUUUUAUCUUUCACAAAACCCACUACUUAUGUCUUUCUCAAUUAUCAAAAAAAAAAGUUUGUGAAACUAUCCAAAAUUGGCAAAAAUCGUAAGAUUUUUAUAAUAAAUAUAUGUUUGAGCAGAAUAAGAAAACAAGUGAUUUACAAGUAUUUAACGUUGUGUGUAUAUGUAUGUUUAAAUUAAAAAUAAAAAGUUUUUUACGUUGGAUCCUUUUAUAGAACAAAAACUGAAACUUCAGGGAGCGUUUACAAGAAUCCAACAUGUAUUUCCAUACCUUA